UGUACUUGUAAAACCUCCGGUUAUAACCUCAAAUUGUAUGUGCAAAAAGCGCUCGUUUAUUGAUUGCAAUAAACACCGAUGCAUUUGUUCUAAGUGUUUUUGUUUUCGUUUACCAUAAAAAAAAAAACAAAAGCAUGUUCAAUCAAAGCCCAUUUGGCCAGACGGCCGCGCAGAGUGUCCCGAAUCCGAUGAAGGAUUACGAGGUAACAUCACCGCCGGACGAUUCAAUAAGUUGUUUAUCUUUUUCGCCCGCAACAAUUCCGCAAAACUUCUUGAUCGCUGGAAGUUGGGACAACCAUGUACGUUGCUGGGAAGUGGAACAGACUGGAAGGACCAUUCCCAAAUCCAUGCAAACCUGUGGAGGACCAGUAUUAGAUGUCUGCUGGAGUGAUGAUGGCACAAAGGUUUUCAUGGCUGGUUGUGAUAAACAAGCCAAGGCCUGGGAUUUGGGCAGUAAUCAGGUUGUCCAAGUAGCAGCACAUGAUGCUCCAAUUAAGACAUGCCAUUGGAUCAAAGCUCCAAAUUACAGUUGUCUGAUGACUGGAUCAUGGGACAAAACUCUGAAAUUCUGGGACACACGUUCACCAAAUCCAAUUUUAAGUCUUAAUCUACCAGAUAGGUGUUAUUGUGCUGAUGUUGAUUAUCCAAUGGCUGUCGUUGGGACUGCAGGAAGACAAAUUAUUAUUUAUCAGUUGGAAGGAAAACCUGAAGAAUAUAAAAGGACAGAGAGUCCACUGAAGUAUCAACAUAGAUGUGUUGCAAUUUUUAAGGAUAAAAAGAAAGUUCCCACUGGAUAUGCGCUUGGUUCAGUGGAGGGUCGUGUAGCAAUUCAGUACGUAAACCCAACGAGUCCCAAAGAUAAUUUCACAUUCAAAUGCCACCGAUCCACCGGUGCCCUAAAUGGAUUCCAAGAUAUUUACGCGGUGAACGACAUCGCAUUCCACUCAGUUCAUGGUACAUUGGCAACAGUCGGUUCGGACGGCACCUUCAGCUUUUGGGAUAAGGAUGCUCGCACCAAGUUGAAACCGUCGGAAGCGAUGGAACAACCUAUCACCAGAUGCGCAUUCAACAACAGCGGCCAGAUAUUCGCAUACGCUGUGAGCUACGACUGGAGCAAAGGCCACGAAUUCUACAACACCUCUAAAAAGAAUUACAUAUUUUUGCGAUCCUGCUACGAUGAAUUGAAACCACGAUCUUCACCAUAAUGAUUUAUUAGUUUUUAAAUUACUUUAUCGCUUUCUUUUUACAAAUAAAAGUUUUCAUUUUAAC